CACAUGGGCGUUAGGCGGGGCCUGGGAGAUUCCGGGCUUCAGGGUGGACGCGCUGGUGCCACCUGGAAGCCAUCGUCAUGGUGGCCCCCGUGGUAUAUUUGGUAGCGGCGGCUCUGCUGGUCGGCCUUAUCCUCUUCCUGACUCGCAGCCGCGGCCGGGCGGCAGCAGCCGUCCAAGAGCCUUUGCGCCAUGAGGGGGAGCCAGUAGCAGCAGGCCGAGUGGCCCAGCCUGAGCCCGAAGAGCAGAGAGCUGGGGGCAGGCCCCGGCGCCGGAGGGACCUGGGCAGCCGCCUGCAGGCCCAGCGUCGAGCCCAGCGGGUGGCCUGGGCAGAUGUGGAUGAGGAGGAGGAGGAGGCUGUCAUCCCAGCCCAAGAGGAAGAAGACAUCGAGAAGCCAGUAGAAACUCACCUGUCAGGGAAAAUUGGAGCCAAGAAACUACGGAAGCUGGAGGAGAAACAAGCACGAAAAGCCCAGCGCGAGGCAGAGGAGGCUGAGCGUGAGGAGCGGAAACGCCUUGAGUCGCAGCGUGAGGCAGAGUGGAAGAAGGAGGAGGAGCGCCUUCGCCUGGAGGAGGAACAGAAGGAGGAGGAGGAGAGGAAGGCCCGGGAGGAGCAGGCCCAGCGGGAGCAUGAAGAGUAUCUGAAACUGAAGGAGGCCUUCGUGGUGGAGGAGGAGGGUGUGGGCGAGACCAUGACCGAGGAGCAGUCCCACAGCUUCCUGGCUGAGUUCAUCAACUACAUUAAGCAGUCCAAGGUUGUGCUUUUGGAAGACCUGGCUUCCCAGGUGGGCCUGCGGACUCAGGACACCAUAAACCGCAUCCAGGACCUGCUGGCUGAGGGGACUCUUACAGGUGUGAUUGACGACCGGGGCAAGUUCAUCUACAUAACCCCAGAGGAACUGACUGCCGUGGCUAACUUCAUCCGACAGCGGGGCCGGGUAUCCAUCACCGAGCUUGCACAGGCCAGCAACUCCCUCAUCGCCUGGGGUCGGGAGCCCUCUGCCCAGGCCCCAGCCUGACCUAGUCCUUCCCUCUUGGACUUAGAGCUGGCAUGGCCUAGCUGGCCAUACAUCUUUAUCCCUCCCCACCAUCAUGGGGCAGUGAUGGAGUGUGGCCAGUUAUAGAUUAAAGGUCUGUGAGCACUGGUGA